AUGGGGGUUUCUAGGAUAGGUGAUUCUACUACUAGGGGGUUGGUUCUGGGACUGCCUCCUAAUCUUAUUUGCCACCUUCAGUACCAGGUCUCUGCUUCUUUGGCACAUUAUCCACUCAAAGAAUCCGCAAGACUGUUUUGCCGUGUUCUGUUUUACUACUGCAAAUGGGUUGUUGCUGCUAUGCUGAGCUGGGCUGGUUUGCCUUCUUCUGUUUUUCUACUACAAAUGGGUUGUUGCUGCUAUGUGGAGCUGGGCUGUGUUUUGCUUUGUUCUGUGGCUGUCCCCUUGAUGUUUGCUGCUGCUAUAUUGAGAUGGGCUGCUUUGCUUUAUGGGCUGCUUUGCUUUGUUCUGAUUUUUGCUGCUGCUGCUAUGGCUUGCUAUCCUACUGCUAUGGCUGUUCUGAUUUUUGCUACUGCUAUGGCUUGCUAUGCUGCUGUUUUUGCGUUGUUCUGGGCUGUCCACUUGAUGUUUGCUGCUGCUAUUUUGCAUAUCAGUGGUUUAAGGGGCAGAUUUGUCCUUGUUUGUUUCUAUUGA